AUGGCACAGCUCAGUCGCCCCGGGAAUCUGGAAAAGGGUGCUUCAAAAGAUGAGGUGAAACCCCGUGGCCCCAGCCAGCACAAUCAAAGACAGCCCGGUCCUUCACUCUUGACCCAAGCAUUGACCUCGGCCCGCGGAAUUCCCCAGAAUCAAAAGGAAAACAGCAACAGAGCCGUAAACGGAUCGCCAGCUUGCUCCGACAACAACCCUGGCAACGUUGGCGUCAACAGCAGCAGCAGCGGCGGCGGCGGCGGCGGCGGCGAUAUCAGGACUUCCAAACGGCAGCUGAACAGCCUUUUUCGUUAUACCGACCGCGAUAACGAACAUGCGCAACCAUCCUACAGCGCAAGUCGGUCGAAUCAUGUGAAGGAUGGAGGUCAACAAGCUUCCGAAGCCCGGCAUCAUACCUUGAAUACAUCUACCAUGGCAGCUCCAGCUACGAUUCCGAUCGCAUCUGUUGCGAUGCCAAGUCGACAACCUCACAUCGUCCCACACCCUUAUAGCUCCUCCAACCUAGCUCAAGCCAGAGAAGUGCUCUUGGAGCAUCGCGACUUCCUCGAUAAGAAUCGAGGCCGAGCCUUGAACUCGCUUGACCUUGACCGCUCGACAUCUGAAGUGCUGAAAUCGAGGGUCUUGUCGAUAUCUGCGAGCUCGGGGGAGCCUACCUCGCUAUCCAAGUCAUCCCUUCUUUCGUCAGAAUCCGCCUUGUCCAACAACAAAUACCUUCAUGACCCAUUGCUAGACAGGCGAUUGCCCCCCUCGCAACAGCCACACGUGGCACACAAGUCCACCAUGAGCCCGGAAAAAACGGAAAAGAUUUGGUCCAUUGGCUCUGGCGAUGUCGAGGAAGAGGAUGGCUUGGUUGAAAAGUCAGUUGCCGAAGCCAUGGCUGGCGUUGAACCAAAUGGCAGAAGCCGCAAAGCAAGCUACUGCCUACGAUUCUUCAAAGAGGGUCUUCCACAAGAAGAGAAGCAACGGCGCAGAGACAACAAGACGGUCGUCCCCCGCGAUAAAAUUUUGCCCACCAGCGAAGAGGGUAACGAGUCAGACAUGACAAUCCCAGCCCAAAACCCCGUUGGCGACGACCAGCAGGCAACCUCACACAUUUCACGCCAUAGCGACCCAACUGGGCCAGCUGCUGAUUACCUCACCCCAUCGCCUGCCAGUGCCGGCCCACGCGGUGACACAACCCCUGUGGCCCUCGGCACGUAUCCUAGAGCACAAGGUCAUGAGAGCAGAACUGAGCCGAUACCGCCACCCAGCAAGGUGGGGCCGGCUCGGUUGGCAGUAACCGACAGCGUGGAGGAGGGGCAACGGACAGCUGAUGGCAACCACAUCGGAGAACGGCCACCGACCAGCGACGUUCUCGUCGACUCGGGCGCAAGAACUAUCCGUGGUCACGAAGAUGACGACAACCGCGUUGACGUUGAUGCAGAGGCAGAUGCGGAAGCGGGGAAUAGCCUCGACACCGAGGAAGCGGACGAGUCUGGUGAAGAAAAAAUCUCCUCGGCCGUUUUCCUCCCCCACCAGGAGAUGCCAGCGGCUCGGGCGCUACAAGUCGAUGCUGCCAGCUCUUCCCAACUGCAGCGGCCAAGAUGUAUUUUGCACAGUAUGUCUCAUCCAUGGCUCGUCAAAGCUGACGAGCCAGAGCCAGAGGUGCAUGGUGGAGAGGCAAAUGAUACUCCACAUCAUGACCCAUCCCAUUUCCAGUCCCGUGAGCAUGCUAUCCCGUGCGAGCCAGAGCUUUCAGAAGAGACCCCUGGUGAAGCUGCUGUUGUGGAUGAGCCCGAUGUGAUGAAAUAUCCAGCUGUCGUCAAGUCCAGCGCAAUUAUGACUCCAUAUGAAGAUCAUGUUCAUCAGCACCAACACAGUCCUCGCCAACCCCUUGAAGCCAUCGAGCUGAUUCCAUAUAAACACCAAGUUGGCGGUCACACAACUCUUUGGCGGUUUUCCCGCAGGGCUGUUUGUAAGCAACUUAAUAAUAGGGAGAAUGAGUUUUACGAGACUAUUGAACGAUACCAUCGUGAUUUACUCCCUUUUUUGCCUCGAUAUAUUGGUGUGCUCAAUGUGACAUUUCGGAAGCAGCCCCGCCGGAAAAGUACAUUUAAAAAGGAUGAAACUACCCCGGCCGAACGUAGAAAGGAAUUGGACGACAUCAACGGCGCAGAGAGCGUAACGAACGGCGCGGAACCGGAUACUACUGAAACCUCUGUCAAUGAAGCGACGCAGCCGAGAAUCGUUAGUCAGUCUUUAGCAAAUACCGUCUUGCGCAUACCAACGGUGACGUUCGAUGAUAACCGGCACAUCCUUCCGCGUAAUCUGCUGCAGCCGACGCCGCCGCCCGAAUGUUUUCGACGCCGCAGCACUUCCGCGGCGAAACUAUAUGAGAGCUCUCCCAAACCGCAGAUGACACGACCGCAUCUGGAUGAGCGACCGAAUAGCUGGGGUGCAACGACGAUCAACAAACGGCUUCGGAAUGAAGUGUUCAACGAUGCAUUCUUGAAGGAACCGGUCGAAGUCCAAAAGCAUCGUCGUCCACAUCAACGGGCCGUACCCCGUCUCACCUUGCAGCGACUCCUGAGACCCACUAGUUCCGAUCCCAACCUUGCCGGGUCAGACAUGCAGGAUGCAGGAAAUGGAGAUGUUUGUGCCACGACUGAGCCACGUCCACCACAAAUCCGCCACCACGGGCAGAGCCGGAGUGACGUUACAAUGGCUGCUACCAACAGUCCCUCUACUACCCAGUAUCUGGACGAGCCUACAGCUCCGAUGAAGGACAUUACAGGAACAAGCGCCCCAGAAGUUGAAACCUUGAAAGCGACCUUGAACGCCGGUAGGAAGCGGCGUCGGUACUCCGCAGGUGGGCUUCGAAGGAGGCCAGAGGAUGUGCAAAACUCUCGGGGCAAUCUGAAAUACUUUGAGGAGGCGGAUGACGCCGAGUAUAAAAACGACGGCGAGCCCCACGCGGAGAAGGCUGGAGAGAAUGGGAAGAAUGCCACACGGGUUGACCAAGCCACGCAGAGCAUGGCACCAAACCAGCAGUCUUCCACAACCGCGACUCUGGACAUGACCUCAUCUACUGCCGAGUUUGGGAAGAUUCCGAGGCCCGUUAACCCCAAAGAAGCAAAGACACAACGAGAUCGUGUGGAAUACUUUCUUUUAUUGGAAGAUCUUACUGCUGGCAUGAAGCGUCCUUGCAUGAUGGACCUCAAAAUGGGCACUCGCCAGUAUGGAGUAGACGCCACUCCAAAGAAGCAAAAGUCGCAACAGGAGAAGUGCAGAACCACGACUUCCGCAGAACUGGGGGUGCGUAUUUGCGGGCUGCAGGUGUGGAACGUCAAGACUCGGUCGUAUGAAUUCCAGGACAAGUAUUUCGGCAGGAAGCUGAAGGCCGGUGCCGAGUUUCGGGACGCGCUGCAAAUGUUCCUCUACAACGGAGUCGACCUGAACAGCAUCCUUCGACACAUUCCUCUCAUCUUGAAGAAGCUGGCGCAGCUUGAGACAAUUAUCCACGGACUACGAGGUUACCGCUUCUAUGCCGCUAGCUUGUUGAUGUUUUACGACGGUGACGAUUCCGAAGAGGGAGGUUACGAAACGGUCUAUGACUCUACCACGGACGUCGCCACCGAUACAGAAGAGACGGUUAAGCGACGGAAAAGCCCUCGAGAAAUCGAUUUCAAGAUGGCCGAUUUUGCAAAUAGUUUGACACCGCUGGACAACAUUUCAGAAAAGACAUGCCCGCCACAACAUCCGGGCGAACCGGAUUCUGGUUUUCUAAAGGGACUGAAGACUCUCCGGCUAUACUUCUUGCAAAUCCAGGCAGAUGUCCGGGCUGAACUUGACGUUGGUCCUCGUCAUGCGCAUGCCAAUGGACAAUGGACAGCAUCCACCCAUACGGAAGACUACCCUGCCGAUUUUGAGAACGACAUGGACAACAGGUCUUUUAGCCUAUAG